AUUUCCACAGUACCUACAACAUCAGUCUCUAUAAAAACACCCCUUAAAUCCACCGACGUUAGAGACAGACAACAUCUCUUGGUCUUCACUCCGCCGCUUACAUCUUCCGAUCUCCGGUGGCUCUGCUCAUAUUCCUCGUGAGCGUUCCGUCGAUAUGAUGAUGAUGUCUUCGCUCGGUGGUGGCGGUGGUGGUGGAGGAGGAGGUGGUGGAGUUGGUGGCGGCGGCGGAGGGAGGUUUAUGACGUAUUCGUCGUCUCUUUCGGUGCCUCCUUCUGCUCCUCAGUCGCCAAACUUCUCCGGUGGUCUCCGAUCACAGUCUUCUGUCUUCGUUGAGCAGGAGAAUCUAACUGGUGCGUCUUACUCUUUUGGAAAAAUGACAUUUUUUGGAACAGAGAUUUUGCGUGUAACCACACUUUUGGAGAAUGCCACAGUUUUAAGCCAGAGUGGGCUUGACCACACGAGCCCUCUGUCUUCAGGAGGGAUAUUUCAGAAUGCAAGAGCUGACCUGAGCGGAUGGGCCUCACAGUUUCCAUCAGAAAGAUCUGUUCCAUCAUCUCCGGGACCAAACUGGCUCAACUCACCUGGUAGCCCGUCCGGUCUGAUCGCCAAGAGAACAAUCAGGGUCGAUAUUCCAGUCGACGAUUACCCAAAUUACAAUUUUGUUGGUCGCCUCCUGGGCCCUAGAGGGAACUCCUUGAAGCGAGUUGAAGCAAGUACUGAUUGCCGUGUUCUUAUCAGAGGAAGAGGCAGUAUAAAAGAUCGAAUUAAGGAGGAAAUGAUGAGAGGAAAACCAGGAUUUGAGCACUUAAUUGAGCCACUUCAUAUCUUAGUCGAAGCAGAGUUACCGAUUGAAAUAGUCGACGCACGUCUCAUGCAAGCUCGCGAAAUUCUCGACGAUCUUCUUACUCCUAUGGAGGAAACUCAUGAUUUCUACAAGAAACAGCAGCUGCGUGAGCUCGCAUUGCUCAAUGGAACUCUUCGUGAUGAAGGAUCUCCAAUGUCCGGUUCAGUUUCUCCUUACGAUAGCCUCGGUAUGAAGAGAGCCAAAACAAGAGAAGGGUAAAAGAAAGUCAAAAAUGUCUCAAAUCAAAACUUUCGUUGUUGGUCUCUUCACCAUCUUAAAGGAAUAUGGAACGGAUCCAAGUCGACACAAGAAGGCCAUACCAGUCUUGAGUACACGUACGGUAUACUGUUCUCUUGCCCCUGGAAUAGAAUCGUUGUAUAUAUGAUUAUGAAUGCGUUUGUUUAUUUAUCAUUUGUCCCGGAGAGACGCAAAGAUGACAACAUUUGAAGGAAAUACAAGGCGUCAUGAGUCUCUCUGUCUCUCUCCGUGACUUUGGGCUUGCUUUUAUUUUGUUUUUCUCUUUAGGGAAGUUGUUGGGUUCCCAUUUCCAAGGUGAUUUUGUAAGCUUUUAGAGCAAAAAUAAAUAUAAACAUAAGAGUCAUGAUGGUAUGUGUUUUGUAAUGAUAAUAUGUUUUUGGAAUACAUAAACGUCAAAGUAAAGUUUGUUUUGUUCUCGAGUAUUUUUCACCUG